GCGAUCCCUCUGCUUUUUCGUUAUUUUUUCGUUAGAUCACGAUUUUUAAAUUAUCGGAUCCGCUAUUAAAUCCUCUAUUAAGUGAUUGAACAUGGGAAAAGCCUUGCUCAUGGACACCAUUAUCCCCAGUUCCCUUAGUCCUAGGCACCAUCCGACUUCUUCUUCACUAUACACGUCGCCGGAACAAUAUUCAACUAGAAUAGCAGAAUCAUGAUUAUGCCUAGGGCUUCUCCUAUUCGAUAGGGAUUGUAUGUGAUAACUCGCCAACGCCGACGUCUUGCCGAGGCCACCGAACGAUAAAUUCCUAGAGAUCUCCCCUGGAGUAGGUAGUGACACCUUAGAAUGUAUGGGCGCAAUGACGUCGAAUGGGGUUGAAAUUGUCUCUUCACACCAUGAAUUGAUAUUUUAGACCUCUAAUGGACAAGCUUCUCAUCAUGCAGGAUAACGAUGGGCAGCUGAUUUCAUUUGCAUUUGCCGAAGAAACUCACAGGCCUGUGACGAUUCCCGCGGUCCGGAGCCUUUGAGGGAGCCAGUGACAUUCCAGCCUCCCAGCCCCCUGCCCACAGAACUUGCACUGACAACCAUCCCAUUCCGGAUUGAAGACAUAUUGUCCCUCGUCAACGUGUGCUUGAUUCCUCUUUGAAGCUAUAUCGAAUCACCAUGACCAAUCACCCAUUACACCCAGCGGUCGUCCACUGGCCAAUCGCACUGAUCAGCACAGCCUUUGGAGUUGACGUAUUGAAUGCGUUCCAUUCAUAUAUCCCAGCGGCUACACUCAAUUAUCUCCCCGAAACCACCGAGCUUACCAUCAUUUCAUAUUAUGCUCUGUCCGCCGGCCUUGUGAGUGGAGUUGCCGCUGCCGCGACGGGUAUUGUCUCGGCCAGCCGAAUGAUAACGAAGCAGAGUAGUAUUCUUGAAGCAGACAAGAAAACCGUGAAACCCAAGUUCAAGACAUUGUUCGCCCACGCUGCUUUGAAUGAUCUUGCUCUUUUGGUUGGGGCGGGAUACUGGUGGGUGCGCCGACAAUCGGGUGGUCCUGUGUACGUGCCCGAGAGUCCAUUACUAGGGCUGGGCGGCGCUGUGGUCGCAAUUCAGCUAUUCGCUGCUAGUCUUGGUGGUACCUUGGUGUAUGGAUAUGGUGCUGGUAUUGGAAGUGCCAGGCCGAAGGGCAAAGCGCAGUAGGGUGGACAAUCCGCUGUGAUUUCUACAAGCGGUUGCUGAAGAAUCGAGAACUCCCGCAUAUCGGUCAUUAGACCAUGGGGGGUUUCUAUGCCAAAGAAGAGGCAAAUGAUGAUCAUUUUUAUCGGCAAGGUUAUUUUGAACUCGCUAAAGUGCUAAGCGAAUCGGGGAUCGGGUUUCAAAUAAAAACCGACGAUGGAAGGGGUCAGUUGCGUUUACCACGCUAGUAGAAUUUCGACUGUGGGCGUGGCCGACCUGAG